AUGAACGAAGAAAGUAGCGAAGGACAGCAAUCUUCAGCAGCUCCGAACAUCACCACAUCGGGCGGUUCACCUUCCACUUCAGUAAACAUGGCUAAUUUUCAGAUACCUCCUCCGGACAUACUUGAGCUCAACGAUGGCUCUUUAGCCUCUAAUUGGCGCACAUGGGUUGCUGCGUGGAAGAACUAUACUUUGGCUACAAAACUCGACAAAGAGGAGGAAGCUCGUCAAGUUGCAACUCUAUUGGCGGUUAUUGGGAAAGAAGCAAACAAAGUGUUUCAUACGUUUACCUUUUAA